CGAAUGCUACUUAUACAGCCUCGAUUUCCAUGGAAAUAAUUAUUCCGCUUUAUUGUUGACUGCCGCGUAAUACCUUUUUAGCAUUUGUUGAUUUCGUAUAAAAGGGGGAUUAUUGUUUCUGUCCGGUACACAGAUUCACCUGAACCAUAACGCAGCCAUGAAAAUCGUGAUUCUUAUCGCAGCUUUCCUGAUCCUCGCGGUGGCCUUCACCGAGGCCGUGGACGAUGAGGCCGACUGCAAAUGCUGGGAGGACUUCGUACCCGAACUUCACGUCGACCACUAUCAUUGCAGAGGGCUGAAACACAAGAGACUCUUCGAUUGCAACGAGCCAGAACCUCCACGCUGUAAAUGCACAGUUAACGGACAACAAAUGGUGUUGGAUUUGGGCGAAGUUCACUGUGCUGGUGUUAAGGGCGCUGGAAAAGACUGCGACAAUGUUUCCGAAUUCGAGGAGCUGUUCAAGAGGCAUCCACAGCUCAGGCUUCACCAGAAUUGAUGUAUGUUGACGCCGUUGCUUUGUAGGGGUGACCCUGAUGAUUUUGUUGGAAAUAAAUGAUGAAUUGAA